UGUGUGUUUGUGUGAGUGUGUCCAUGCAGGGUGGGGGCAAGGCCACCAUUUCUACCGGGGUGCCUGCAGCAGCUGUCCCUUGGCAUGUCAGCGAGGAGCGUCAGAGUCUUGCUACAGAAAGGGUCAGAACUGAACUGAGAACUGCUGCGUGCAGUUUCCAGAAAGGUUCUCAGCGCUCCUAUCUUCGGUCAGAUCUGGGACCUGCACAGCCCCGACCAUGGCGGAUCAGUACCAGUACAACACCAACGAGGAGAAGAUUGUAAAGGACAGCCACACCAAGGAAAUUGAUCUGAUCAACAGAGACCCCAAGCAGAUCAAUGAGGACGUGGUGAAGGUGGAGUUUGAGGAUAUAAUCGCAGAGCCUGAUGGCACACACAGCCUGGACGGAGUGUGGAAGCUCAGCUACACCACCUUUACUGUGUCCAAAUACUGGUGCUACCGCAUCCUGUCCGCGAUCUUCGGCAUCCCAGUCGCUCUACUCUGGGGCUUCCUGUUCGCCUGCAUCUCCUUCUGCCACAUCUGGGCCGUGGUUCCCUGCAUCAAAAGCUGCCUGAUUGAGUCACAGUGCGUCAGCCGCAUUUACUCACUGUGCAUUCAGACCUUCUGUGAUCCCUUCUUUGAAGCUCUGGGCAAGAUUUUCAGCAGUGUCCGCGUGGCACUGCGCAAAGAAGUCUAAGAGCUCACACUGCAGUUUGAAGUAUGAUCGGAGAAAGUGUAGUAUCUUUUUAUACAGCAGAAAAAUAAUCCAUCUGUGGAAUUUUGCUUUGCAACCGACUCAUCUUUGUCUCAUUACAACAUGCUGUUCUCAGCCCUCCAAAGUCUGAACCAGAGAUCUAAAGACUGACAUAACCAGCAUGCAUUUAGCCACCAGAAAUGCUUUGACAGCUGCAGCGGGCGGUAUAUUCCCUGACAGCUCUGGCAGUUCUAGUUUGGCUCUAACAGAAGGCGAAGGCAAACUGUCAUGAGGGAAAUCUCAGUAUUUACACCUACAGUGAUCUCAAUAGUUUACACCAAAUAACAAGUUUUUGUAAUGUAAACAAAAAAAUAAACGCCAUGAAGAAUCAUUUCAUCCAAAUCGGUUUCACCUUUCAUGUGGUAUGUGUCCUGUUCAAUCCACCUGAAAAACAAACAAAUCUGUUAGGUGAACAAAUGUAGAAAAGAAUCAGAAAAAGUUCAGCUGUUUUUUUUUUUAGGAUUUUCCUGACAUUUCUUCAUUUGUAUUGAUUAACUACAGCCAUAGUUUGCAGAGAGGUUACAAUUGCUCCAAAGUAUCUACAAAUGUAUCUGCCAAGAGAAAGAUGCAAAAAUCCACAACCUCAAACAUCAACAACAAUGCUCAACAAUAAUAUUAACAUUACUAAAGCCAGAUGUUUCUCCAGUAUUUAAGAACAAGCAGGACAUUUGCCAGGAAGGCUGCCAAGAGGCAAACAGCAACACAGAAGGAGCUGAAGAAACAAUCUCUUCUAUUCUCAAUGUCUGUUCACAAAAGACUGAUCCAAGACUGGCUAAAAUCUAAAAAAUAUGUGGCUAAAUGUGUUAUGGUCUGAUAGAAUAAAAAAUGUUAACUCUGGGUCACAAAUACAAAAUGACAAGAUUAUGACAUAGAAAUAACACCACCAAAAGAACACCAUACUGACACUAAAACACGGUGUUGGCAGCAUCAUUAUCUGGGGUUAAUUUCUUCAGAUGGAACUUAUGUUUUUGUCACGAUUAAUGAAAAUAUGAGCAGCUCUAAAUGCUAGUCUUAGUCAAAAACGCCUGCAAGAAAACUGAUGGAGUGAGAUUUUAUUUCAGAGUGAGAUGUGGAAUGGCUGAGCCAGAGAUCAGAACUCACAGAAAAAUUGUGGGCUCACAUAACAAAGGUUGAUAAAUCAAAUUGAUUUGUAGAACCUUUGUAAGACAGAGUGGGCAAGUCAAGAUUCUCUCUUUUAAUAGAUUUGUUAUUUUUUCAUGUGAAUUGAGCAGGAUAUAUGGCACAUUGUCGGUGUAAAAGGUUUUGAAAUUAUUUAUUAUAGAUUUAUUAUUUUACCUCACAAACCCUGGCAUUUGUACGGAUGUGUGUCCACUUUUGAGAGGCACUAUAUAUGCAUCCAGCAGAAAAUUAAGUUUAUUCACAAAUAUGCAAAAAUAAUUAUUUUGCUAGAUGUUGUCACCUGUGUGCAUUUAAUUUGGCUCCUUAAAAGAGGUUUUGCAUUGUCCUGUUAUCAAUUUACUUCAUGUUGUUCACUAUAUACCUCAAUGGAAUGAAAUGAAUUGCAAACAACUACUGUGUCCUAUAUUUUAAGAUUAUUUUUAUGUGCUUUAAAUAUGUGUUCUGUUUCACUUUCUGUCUAUUUUAUAAUUACCCUUUAAGAUGCAGUCUGGAAAAAGGGAUUUUUUGAUACAAACAGGUUUCUCAGUCUGAUAUUUACAUCAAGAUGUGACAUCUCUUAUAAUAUUUUUAACUGACUGAGGAUAAACAAACACUUUAAAACUUGUAAUGAAAACUUAUAAUCAGCACAGGAAAGUAGAGUUCAUUGUAUGCAAUAAUGUAAAGCAUUUUCAUAAGUUUCAGAAAUCAUUCACAGCAAAGUUUUUGAAACCUGGAAGUACUGACCAGUGAACUGAGACCCACUUCAGGAUGUUGUUCUGUUCUUAGACCAUUUCUUAAUGGUUCACUGCCACCACACCCUGCUUUGUUCCUAACAUUGUUGUUUUUCACUCUGG